AUGCGCACCUGGCAUGACGCGCUCAAGGCGUGCGAGGGGGCGGGCGGCACGCUGGCGCGGGUCGAGUCGCCGGCGGAGUCGGAGCUGCUUCUGCAGACGAUGGGGAGGACGACGAGCGCGGACGACUUUUGGAUCGGCGCGCGGUGGCAGUGGGCGGGCCGCGACGGCGCAGAGCUGCGCUGGUUCCACACUGGCGCGAGGGGCAGCCCGAACAACUACAGAGUACCCAUCGUGACUCGACGAUUCGUUAGGUUCCACUGGCGCGAGGGGCAGCCAAACAACUACCGCAACCAGCACUGCGUCUCGGCCACACGCUCGCUCGAGGGCCGCUGGCUCGACUCGGACUGCCGCGACGCGCGCGCCUUCGCGUGCCAGCGCGGGUCGGUCCUCGCCCGCAUCGAGACCGCGGGGCAGAACGCGGCGCUGGCGGCCAAGCUGGUGGCGUCCGCGACUUGGAUUGGUCUGAGCGACAUGAUGUCCGAGGGAGAGUGGACGUGGGCGGCAGACAGCGUCUGGCUGCCGGGGGACAAGGUGCACUGGACCCACUGGGCCGACGGCCAGCCAAACGACUACGGCAGCCAGCACUGCGCCGCCAUCCUGCGGGCUGGCGCCGACACCGCGGCCAGCAUGGGGGACCGCCAGGCUCUGCACGGCAAGUGGUUCGACACCGACUGCCGCGACGAGCUCCCAGAGUGCAUAGAGAGGCCAGCUCUCGAGAGCCCCGAGGCUCGCCACUGGAGCCCCGCCUACGGCGUCCUCUCGCCCACCGACCCGCUCUCGGUCGAGUUGACCUUUGACGGCGGCACCGUCCGCGGUACGCUCUCGACGGACCUGACGCUGAUCGACUGGCACAACAAGCACGGGUACGACUGGUGCUAUGUGGUCGACCCCGCGGGCUGCGCGACUGCCGCAGCCUCCCAGCGCUUCCCCGGCGCGGCCUGGCAAGCUUGCUCCUCGCCCCCGUCCCCGCAAGCUGCGGCAAGGGACCCGCUGCAUGACCCGCCCGUCCCGUUGAUGGUCCCAUGCCGCGAGACGGCGGGCGAGGGCUACUGCGCGAUCCACCGCUCGCAGUGCGAGACCUUCUUCUGCGCGACUUGCGCCCUCCCCGGCUCGUGCGACUUCACGUGCGGCUUCUGCCGCGUCGGCACUGCGGGCGGCUGCGGCGACCUCGCCUUCCCGGCCAACGACUGCGAGGAGCGGGGCGUGCUCUCUCGCAGGGGUUCUCCGGCUAAGUCUCCGGCUAAGUCUCCGGUCGCCGUCGCCCGAGCGCCCGCAGGCACACCGAAACUGACCGAGUUUGGGCGGCGGGUCUCCGGCUCCGCCGCCGCGGCGCGGGUCCGGAAAGAGGCCGAGUCGCCGCCGAAGCUAUUUUUCGCCAAGCCAGUGGCCAGGGCGGCGAGGGAGGCGAGGGAGGCGAGGCUGAGCGCAGCGAGCGCGUUCAAGUCGCGGGUCCGCCUGCCGGCGGGCUUGCCGGGCCUCAUGGGCAAGGAGCCCAAGGACUCGAACGCGCUCGUGGUCCUCGAGGUUGGCGUCGGGGGAGGCAAGUCGGCCCGGCUGCCAGUCCACGCCGGGGACAUCCCGGCGGUCAUCGCGGCCAAGUUUGCGAGCGAGCACGGGUUGCCGGCCGCGUAUGAGCAGAAGCUGGUUGGGAUGAUUGAGCAGCAGGUGGCCAUCCACUCGCAGGGAGGGGCAUGAGAGAGACCCGCUAACGGCUAAGCCUCGAGGCUCAGAACUUAGACUACUGGUGCCCACACGCAAGUCGCCAACGAUCUGGAUCUGCGACAAACAAUCUACAA